AAAAGGUGCACCCGUAGAAUAACAUGUUUCACCUAGUCAACAACUUUACAUGUGUGCUUUGAAGUUUGAAUGGUGUGUAGUAAAUAUAUAUUCCGUGUAACAAUGACACAACUCACGUGUCUCAACCAUACCACUAAAAACUUCCAAUAGAGGAGUUAAAAGUUUCCACCAUACUCAAUAUAAAUUUCUCACACACACCAAUCAUAACAUUCUCAAGCUAACAAUCUUAUCAUAUCUCACCGACCAAACCCAUCAUGGAUUCCGAGAUCGCCGUCGACUUCUCUCCGGUGCUCAAAAUCUACAAGAGUGGCCGCAUCGAGAGACUCAUGGGCGAAACCACCGUCCCACCCUCUUCCGACCCACAAAACGGUGUCGUCUCAAAAGACGUCGUUCAUUCUCCCGACACCAACCUCUCCGUCCGCAUUUACCUCCCGGAGAAAGCCCUGGCCGCCGAUUCGAAACUCCCUCUCCUCGUCUACAUCCACGGUGGAGGGUUCAUCAUCGAAACCGCUUUCUCCCCGACUUACCACAAUUUCCUAACGGCAGCUGUCUCUGCCUCGGACUGUGUAGCCGUCUCUGUUGAUUACCGGCGUGCGCCGGAGCAUCCGAUUUCGGUCCCGUUCGAUGAUUCUUGGACAGCUCUGAAAUGGGUAUUCACCCAUAUCGCCGGAUCUGGUCAGGAAGAUUGGUUAAACAAAUACGCUGAUUUCAGCAAAGUGAUCCUCUCCGGAGACAGCGCCGGAGCGAACAUCGUGCAUCACAUGGCGAUGAGAGCUGCGAAAGAGAAACUCAGUCCUGACUUGAACGAUACAGGUAUCUCUGGAAUCAUCUUGGUUCAUCCUUACUUCUGGUCGAAAACACCAAUCGACGAGAAGGACGUCAAGGAUGAAACGUUGAGGAUGAAGGUGGAGGCGUUUUGGAUGAUGGCUAGUCCCAAUAGCAAAGAUGGAUCAGAUGAUCCGUUGCUCAACGUGGUGAAGUCAGAGUCGGUGGAUUUGUCCGGGUUAGGUUGUGGUAAGGUUUUGGUGAUGGUUGCUGAGAAAGACGCGUUGGUGAGGCAAGGUUGGGGUUACGCGGCCAAGCUUGAGAAGAGUGGUUGGAAAGGAGAGGUUGAGGUAGUGGAGAGUGAAGGAGAAGACCAUGUUUUUCAUUUGGUGAAACCUACUUGUGAGAAAGCUCUUGAAGCCAUGUAUAAAUUCUCAGGGUUUUUUAAGGGAGACAAGUAGCAGCUUUGGUGCUCUAAUGAAUAAUUUGGUGCUGUUUAGUUGUGUCACUCAUCAGUUUCUGUAAUGUUUUCAGUGAUUAAGCAUUUCGGCUAGAGCAACACAAUAAUAAACAUUUUUCAAAAAUUACUACUUUAGUAAGAGAUGUUUGA